AGAGUUGGAGGGUGAGGGGGGUAGGGAGUUUGAUGAUGUAUGUGAAUACCCAGGGAAGUGAUGUUGAGAGGUGACGCUGAGAAUGAGAUAGGUUGGUGAGGGAAGUGGGCGUGCGAGUGCAAGUGAUAUGAGGAGUGAUUCUGAUUCUGCGAUUGGGGGGGUUGGGAGUUAUGCGUCUUCCACGUAUACCAUUGGCUCUAGCUUGGCGGAUGAGGUUGUUGAGGAGAAUGGGAGGACCUACCAUGUUUAUAAGGAUGGGAAAUACAUGCUUCCGAAUGAUGAGGUAGAGUUGAAUAGACUUGAUAUGCAACACAAGAUGUGGAGCAUCACUUUAGAUGGCAAACUGCACCUGGCACCCAUUGAUCCGAAUCCACAAAACGUUCUCGAUGUCGCAACCGGAACUGGUAUUUGGGCUGUAGAAUUUGCCAACAUCUACCCCUCAGCUCGAGUAAUAGGAACAGACCUCUCACUUAUCCAGUCAGAAUACAUUCCGGCAAACUUACAAUUCGAAAUAGACGACGCAGAAGAUGAGUGGAUCUUCCCUCAAAAAUUCGACUACAUCCACGGCCGCACCCUCGCAACAUGUUUCAAAGACCCAUCAUCUAUUAUCGGCAAAGCGUUCGAAGCACUUGCUCCAGGAGGCUACUUCGAGCUCCAAGAUAUGUGCCUCCAAACUUCAGACGAUGGAAGUAUGAACGGUACAGCACUUCUGGAAUGGCAGACUCAUGUCAAAGAAGCUGCCACCAAGACUGGAGUGGAGUGGACGAAUGUCCCCAACUACAAACGCUGGAUGAUUGAAAAAGGAUUCGAAGAGGUUACCGAAGUUAAAUUCAGGUGGCCCAGUAAUCAGUGGAGCAGUAUCAGGAAAGAGAGAUUACUUGGAGCGUGGACUCAAGCACAGAUGAAUAAUGGGAUGUUGGAGAGUGUGAGUACGAGGUUGUUUAUGAUGAAGUUGGGAUGGUCGAAGGAGAAGUUGGAUGAGUUUUUGGCGAGGGUUAAUAGAGAUACGAAGAAUCCGAACAUCAAAGCUUAUUCGCCGAUAACGGUCGUUUAUGGGCGGAAGCCGAGGGGUGCUUGAGCCCAUGAGAUCAAGGCUGCACAUUUUCUUCUGGAUCAGCGAUCCUUUACAUAUGCCUGGAUUUGGACAAUCGUCCUUUGCA